AUGACUUGCACGGUUGCUCAGUGCGCAGCCAACCGGGACUACGCCCUCAAGACCGUUCAACGCCAACAUAGGUACGAAUGGUUGCGCGAGGUCCACAGGAUGAGGCGAUUGCCACCGCUCUCGGUCCUGCAAUCUGUCUUCGCCACUGCCGACCUCGUCUCCCUGCUGCCGCGUCUCUGGCCCCUUCCCCAGCACAUGGAGACAUCGGCGCUGGUCAGAAUGAAGCAUGACAUCUCGGCGGCAUUGGAGCUGAUGCACCAACACAAUAUGGUUCAUGCCGACAUUCACGUUGGCAACAUCAUGUUGAGACCGCAGCCGGCGUGCUACGUCCUGAUCGACUAUGGCGGCUGUUCUGGUGCCGACCCACGCCCCAUGCGAACGGCCUACGGGGACUACUACCGCCUUGCCCAGACUAUCAAGGCUCAGAUCCAUCGGGGCGAGCGGCCUCACACUGGUUCCCGCAAGAGAACCAAGACCCUCCCCCACCAUGUGGACAAGGAGCUUCAGAACUGGAUAGACAGGGAAGCCCGGCCAGUCCCCACUUCCCCGUCCUCCCCGUUUCCGCCUGGCACCUGGAUCCACACUGCGAUCAACCCGCAGGUUCUGGUCUGUGCCCUCCUCUGGAAUAAAGCCUGUGGCAUAUGUCGGGACUCGGCCAUUUUCCGGAGCCCAGACCACAAGCUCGGGAAUGAUGACGGAACCUUCGUGGAUGAGGUAGCGGGGGGCAUUGCCCAAGGGACGGGAUCCUGGGAGAGCAGGCUGCUGGAGGCGGCGAUCACGGCACUCCCCGACACGGAUGCGGAGAUGUUGGCGGGGACGACACGGUAUGUUCCACUGGAGGACAGGACAUCAAUUGUGACCUCGGCCAGUGCAAAUGUACACGGCCCGGCCGACUCAGCGCGCCCCGCCUCCGGGGCGUGGGCUGGCGCCCUUCGGUUCGCGGCAGACGUGCUUCAGGAAGUGGCCAAGGACUUCGCCCCCCCUUCGGGGCCUGAGGAUCAGCACACGGCAGCAAC